AGCAGCUGAUAUAAAUAGUUAAACUGCCCAUGUUCCUCAGUGCUCCAACAUGUUCUCGCUCGUGGUUUUCCUUGCCUGCAUUGGGUUGAUUUGUGCUGAAGCACCACUCAGCCAUGUUGUGCACAAUGAGAGGGUUGUAGGAGGCUACGAUGCUGCACUCAACUUCUGGACAUGGCAGGUUUCUCUCCAGCAGGAUUCAUACAAUGAUGGCUUAUACUACCACAUCUGUGGCGGCAGCAUCAUUGAUGCUUUCCAUGUUAUGACUGCAGCUCACUGUAUCCUCAGCAUGGAUGCUAGCAAGUACCGUGUGGUAGUGGGUGAGUAUAACCUGUAUGAGUAUGACGGCAGUGAGCAGUUUAUCCAUGUGGAAAGGAUUAUCAUUCAUCCUGGCUGGACUGGUGACCUUGCCAAUGGAAAUGACAUUGCCGUCUUGAAACUGGCUAAUCCUGUGUAUGACAACGGCUUUGUGUCUAUUGCCAACCUUCCCGCCCCUGGACAGAUGUUGCCUCAUGGCUUCACCUGUUACAUCACCGGCUGGGGACUUAUGGACUACAUGGGGAGCGUCCCCGCCAACCUACAGGAGGCUGCCAUCCCUGUGGUGGAACAUUCAGUCUGCUCCCAGCCUAACUGGUGGGGCAGCAUUGCUCUGAAAACUAUGGUGUGUGCUGGAGGGGAUGGAAUCAUAUCAGGCUGCCAGGGUGACUCUGGGGGUCCCCUGAACUGUUUCACUGAUGGAGUCUGGAGAGUCCAUGGUGUUGUCAGUUACGGUCCAUCUGGCUUUUGCAACCAAGCGUAUAAGCCUACCGUCUUCACCAGAGUAUCUUCCUUCCUUGACUGGAUCCUUUCCGUUGUGUAAAAUCCAUACAUGGAAAAGUGUUUUGUCCAAAUUGUCAUGGAACCAGUGAAAUAAAAUGAAUAUGCAUCUGAAUCUUUUGUGUAUUACACACAGCAAAUAUUAGUUUUCAGUACUGCAUUCAGCCAAAGGGUGGCGAUAGUGGUUCAAGUUUAAACUGAAUGCUACUCUGACUCCUGGCAGGCUUUGAUGUGAUUCUUGGCACGCUUGUACUUUCUCACAGUCUCAGAAAUGUAUUGUCUAUUGGAUGCAUUUUGUGGUGAAGCUUACAAUCAGCCUGAUAAUGGGAUCACAGUUAAAGGGCCAUAGAGUGAAUACCAAGUAGGAACGGUGACAACCCUGAUCCUCUGACCUCCCAAGCUGCAGCUCCCCAGUGGAUAGAACAUUCCUUGGGAUUGUUUGAUGGAUGUUUCAAACCAAAGACCAAAGGGACUGGACUUUUAUUAGACAAAAAAAAAGGCUUAAGUGGCAAUGUGGCAUCGAGGUAAACUCUUUUGAUGUCUGAAUUACAUUUACCCAAAGACUUAACAAGAACCACAUUUUCAAAAUAGUGGCCAAAUGUGAGCUUUAUGUAGUUACCGGCCAGUCUGGGAAU